AUGUAUCGACUCCAAGCCUUUGUGGCGGUUUUGACUGCGGGACUACUGGUGCUGGUGUGCAGCAGCAGCGUGGCCGCGCCAGUGCACCCGUCUGUCAUCCCUGAACGUGCUCGCGGCGGCCUGGUCUACCGUGAGGCUGUCCGCCAUGCGAAGCAGCAGCAGCAGCAGCGCCGUCCGCUCGGUGGCGCUGCCGAUCCCCCUGUGAAUUACUAUGAGCAACAGGUGGACCACCAGGACACUAGCGCCGGCACAUUCAAGCAGCGCUGGUGGGUGGACCGCAGCUUCUGGAGCGGCGAGGCAGGUCCCGCUGUUCUGUACAUCAACGGCGAGGCUGCCGCGUCGCCGACGCCACGUGGCUCCGUUGAGGUUUACGCCUCCAGCGCCAAAGCCGUUGUUUUCUCCCUCGAGCACCGCUUCUACGGCGAGAGCAUGCCCGCACCGCUCACGAACCGGUCGAUGCUAAAGUACCUGACAGUGGAGAACGCGCUUGCGGACCUGCGGGCAUUCAAGCAGUACGCGGAACGACAUGUGCUGCAGAAGAAGGUGAAGUGGCUGCUUGUGGGCGGGAGUUACGCCGGGGCGCUGAGCGCGUGGGCGAAGGCCGCGUACCCAGAGGACUUCGAUGCGGCGUGGAGCAGCAGCGGCGUGGUGAACGCCAUCUUCGACUACUACGCGUUUGACGGGCAUCUGCUCAACGUUCUCCCCCCCGUCUGCGCCGCCGCCAUCCGCAGCGUUUUUGACGAGUUCUCCGCCGCCUACGACGACCCGAUGCGGCGCCCGCGCAUGAUGCAGAUGCUCGGCACACCGAGUUACUUCACCAAGGCGGACAUCGCGUGGAUGCUCGCGGACGGCUCUGCGAUGGCGGUGCAGUACGGCUUCAAGGACCAGCUCUGUGCGCAGAUGCAGACGGUCAACAAGAGUGACCCCUUCGGGCAGUACGGCGACUUCAUCAGGUCGCUAUGGGGCGAGCCGUUCACGCGUGAGUGCUACUACAGCACCGAGUGUUUGUCGAACGCAACUUACAGCGAUCAGUGGGGCUCCAACUACGCGUGGGUGUAUCAGUGCUGCUCCCAGCUGGCGUACUGGCAGACGAGCUACCCCAACAGCCUGCGGCUGGCUGAUGUCACCACGGCAUACUUUAUUGCCCAGUGCCGUGCCGCGUUCGGUGCGCACAUACUACCGGACACGUUCGCGUUCAACGAGCGCCACGGCGGUCCACGCCCUUCCGCCACGCACGUUGUGGCGACACAGGGCUCCGACGACCCGUGGAUGCCGGCCGGCGUGACGCGGUCGCUAGGCGGCGAGUACCCGGAGAUCACGGCGCAGUGCAGCGGCUG